AUGGAUGGUAAAUUACGUGAGGCGAAUCGAGCGAUUACUGAUUGGUAUAACUAUUGGGAUGGUUAUUAUGCGCGGAACGGUGUACCCAAGGAUCAUUUUUUGAGAGAAACACACGAACGGCGGCAGUGGCUGCAAGAAGCUGGACGAAAGGCACAGCAGCUCGUGAAUAUAUGUUUACGAGGGCAGCAGUAUGCCAAUUCCAUUCAAUACGAUUACAACAUUGUAUACGCUGCGAGAUUUUUGAUCCGGAUGGCGACGUUGGUACCCGAGUCGUGCAACUUGCGACAAAUUGGAAAGGACGUAGAGCAGGUAGCUGUGAUGCUGGCAAAAGCGCGACAUGAUCAAGUGUUACCACCAGCUUCUCGAGCGCCUUCACGUUUGCCAUCUCCAACUCGGGGUCAUGUCGCUCUGCCGGUCUCUGAUCAGACCUCUUGGUCAUCUGGUCUGACGCCCAAUACUAACUACUCGAUACCUGAUCUGUCUGUCACAGUACCUGAUCAAGGUUUGUCCUCUCACAUGGACUUUCUCCCGAUGAUAGCGGAGGAUACAGGAAGACCAUCAUGGUGGUAA